AUGUCUUCGGUCUCGAAGUGGACGGUUACUGAGCCGUACGUCUCAGUUUCCGGAGCUUUACUUGAAGCACCGUUUUGGGACCAAGCCAAGAACGAAUUUCGCUUUGUGGACAUCUGGAACGAGAAGCUCUAUGUUGUAGACCUUACCAGAGGCCCAGAAUCCCUUCAAACCCUCGAUACAUCCGAGUCGAUCGGUGUAACUGCCAAUAUCGCCGACGAUGGCAAUGGCCUGGAGGAGUACAUAGUGGCCGCUGCUAAAUACGGCUUUGCCCUCGUGAACCGUAAGACUGGCGAGCUUUCAUACAUUGCUAGGCCUUGGGAUGAAUCGGAUAAGCUCCGCAGGAUGCGCUUCAACGAUGGCGCGGUUGAUAGCAAAGGUCGGCUAUGGGCUGGUGCCAUGAACGAUCCCAAAGUGCAGAGUCCGGUCAACGAAGGAGUUCUGUUUCGUCUCGAUCCGGACGGGAAAUUGCACCGCAUGGUUGAGCAACUGACGAUCCCGAACGGCAUUGGCUGGAAUGCUGCCAACGAUACGAUGUAUCUCACUGACUCCCCAACGGGGAAGAUCUUCUCUUUCGACUUUGACGAAACCACUGGGGAGAUUAGCAACAGACGGGUUCACUUUGACAUUGGUGAGCCAAAAGAGCCGGAUGGUUUCGCCAUUGACGUGGAAGGGUGCAUCUGGAGUGCUGUUUACGGUGGAGGCAAAGUUAUUCGAAUCUCACCAGAAGGGAAGGUUAUAGGCGAAAUUUCUCUUCCGACCCGAAACAUCACCUGCCCGGCCUUUGUGGGGACGGAACUAUUCAUAACGACUGCCAAAGACGAUACCAACGAUGACCAAUUCCCCGAGUCGAUUCGGUACGGAGGACACCUGUAUAAAGUCGAUGUAGGGGUCCAAGGGCAGAAGAAAAACGAGUUUCAGUGGAAUCAGCCACCGUCAUCAGAGUGA